UAGUUCUUGCAAUCACUUUGUUGCCUUUUUAUCCCUUUUGAUUAUUUGAUUUCUUCAUCUGUUCUGAUGGAUGCUGGGGCCUUAGGGGUUCGGUAGUCUGUUUUCAUUGCUUUGGCACGUCUGAUUUUUAUGACGAUUUGUAUAGUUAGGUUUUGUAAUCCGUUUUUGGAUAGCAUCGAUCUUCUUCCAUUGUAAUUAGGGUUUUUGGCUGGUUCUCGAUUGUUAACUUCCUUAUUGGCCCCUUGUGAUAAUUUGAUUCCUUAUCUGUUCUCAUGUUGGGGCCUUGUAGGUUUGGUAUAAUUGGGGUUUCUUACUUUGUGUUUAUUGCUUUUGAGAUUAUAUAUUGCUUGAAACCUUGGAAGUUAAUAAAAUUGAGUUUUGUGUUUAAUCAGAUGGAUCUCUCUUGUGUCUACGAAGGCGUACCAGACUGUGGGCUUAGUAAUGGAAACCGUCGGCUUACCGAUGAAGAGUGGGACAAAUAUCAAAAAGUCACCGAGGAUUCCGAGGGAUUUGACACUGUGAGAUUUCCUAUAGAAGUGGUUGAGUGCGGUUUAAUCAUGCCAGUUGUAGUAUGCGAGAAAGAUUUUGCAAGAGAAUAUGAGAUGUACAAGAAGUGUUCACAGGCAGCGCUUGACGUAUACAACCAGCGGGAGGAUACACAAUUCCAAUUUGGGAAGGUUCUUAAGACAAAUGCCCUAUUUUGUCGAUCGUGCACUUUCUACCUCACCUUCCAGGCUAGAGAUACAAUUACUCAUGUUUGUGAGAACUUCCAAGCAAAAGUGCGCAUUUUCAUGCAAGAUACACCAGAUGUGGAACUUGUCAGGCUCGAAGGUUAUGCGUGAUCUUCCAGUAAAGCAUCUAACUUUGUUGUUUAGUAAAACCAUGUGAUGGGAUAUUGAAUCGCUUGCACAGGAGUACCUGACUGACCCAGUGCGAGUACAGGUGAGAAAGGCGAGCAGGUCAACAGCAAAAGAAGCCCAAUUUUUCCGCGUGGCUCUUGAGGAUGAGAAGGUGUGCCUAGGCAGUUGACUCUUGAGCAGAAAAUAGUUCCUUGCUGAAAAUUCUGAAUCUUAGUUUCAUCAUUCAAGUUGUUACUGGAAAUGUUGAAAACUGUCUAUACUUCUAUUGGUUUAGAAUCGGUGCCUGGUUCUUUUGAGUUUUGUGUUUCCAUUGAUCCUCGUUAUUGGUAUUUAUAUUCUGUGUGAAGGGGAGAAGGUGUUGUGCAUUUUUCUUGUUCCUCUGUAGGGUUUCACGUGUUUAUGUCUGAGAGGUGUAUCUCUUGCUAUGUUACAUGGAUCUUUCAUUUUGGCUCAA